GAGGAUUAAGUGACAAUUUUGAUAAGCAGGAGGGGCCAAAUGGAAUUUAUUCACAAUUAAAUACUUUCACACCCAAACCAACAGCCUUUCGAAGACCCAGGUCUUCUUCCUCUUCUCGUCGCUGAUCCACUCAUCUUCUUCCCUUCCCUUCCGCCAUCCAUUGCCGUUUCCGCCGGAGCGGAGGAGGACUCGAUAUGGAAGGCAAAGAAGGUGACAUCGCCGGCGGCGGAGGAGUAGGGAUCGUGGCGCCGGAGGGGGUGGUCCGCAAGGUGCUCCUCGCCUACGCCUACGUCGCCAUCUGGAUCUUUCUCAGCUUCACCGUCAUCGUGUACAACAAGUACAUCUUGGAUCCCAAGAUGUACAACUGGCCCUUUCCGAUCAGCCUCACCAUGAUCCACAUGGCCUUCUGCUCCUCCGUCGCCUUCCUCCUCAUCCGCGUCCUCCGCCUCGUGGAGCAGCCAUCGUCUCCGGAGAUGACACGCGAGCUCUAUGUCGCCUCCGUCGUCCCCAUCGGCGCCCUCUACUCACUUUCCCUCUGGUUCUCCAACUCCGCCUACAUCUACCUCUCCGUCUCGUUCAUCCAGAUGCUGAAAGCCCUAAUGCCGGUCGCCGUCUACUCCGUCGGCGUCCUCCUAAACAAGGAGUCCUACAGGAGCUCCUCCAUGCUCAACAUGCUCUCCAUCUCCUUCGGUGUCGCCAUCGCCGCCUACGGCGAGGCUCGAUUCGACGCCUGGGGCGUCGCCCUCCAGCUCGGCGCCGUCGCAUUCGAGGCCACCCGCCUCGUCCUCAUCCAGAUCCUACUCACUUCCAAGGGGAUCUCCCUCAACCCCAUCACCUCCCUCUACUACGUCGCCCCCUGCUGCUUCGUCUUCCUCCUCCUCCCCUGGUCCCUCGUCGAGCUGCCCCUCCUCCGCGGCCAGGCCUCCUUCCGCCCCGACCUCCUCGUCUUCGGCACCAACUCCUUCUGCGCCUUCGCCCUCAACCUCGCCGUCUUCCUGCUCGUCGGUAAGACCUCGGCGCUCACCAUGAACGUCGCCGGCGUCGUCAAGGACUGGCUCCUCAUCGCUUUCUCCUGGUCCGUCAUCCGCGACACCGUGACCCCCAUCAACCUCUUCGGCUACGGCAUCGCCUUCCUCGGCGUCGCCUACUACAACCACGUCAAACUGCAAGCCCUCAAGGCCAAGGAGGCGCAGAGGAAGACUCAGCGGACCGAUGAGGAAGCCGGAAAACUCCUCGAAGAGAUGAAAGGUGAUCGAAACAGCGACUCUGAUUCCUGAUCGAAAGCAUGCUAUCUCUGCUAAUCAUUCUCACAUCUAUCCGCUCGUAAUUAGCUUCCAUAGCUUUUGUAGCAUUAUCAUCUAUCGAUCUAAAUGGCAUAAUUUAUUAAGAUGCUUAAA